GAGAUAAUCUGUCAGUGAUAAGGGCUGCCGUUGCGUCUUUGCGCAGUUUGAUUCCACAGCGCGAGCGCACUUCAGUGUUACGCGCUUCGGUGAAGUUAAUUAAUAUUAUGUUUUUUAAUAUCGCAACUAUUUAAGCUACAUUGCAACAAUGGGGCUGUGUCCCCCGUUUAGGUGGUCAUCUAAGGGUGGCUUUAAUUUAGGCAAUUUCACAACUGGUGCGACCACACCCGCUCGACGCGAAACUAUUAUUAUAUUACCUGAAGAGCGGGAGACCGUCAGACGCAUCAAUGGAGAAACUACAAAUGUCAACGGACACGCUAUUGGGUACACAGAGCGCGUUAAUAAUAAUAUACCUAAUAAUACGGACAAGAAGAUUAGUUACAUGAGCAUUCAAAGUGGAAAUACCAGUUACAGUAGAAAUUCUGAUGCUGAAUUCUUCGAUGAGCGAAAGAGUAGUGCCGGACGUAAAACAAUAGCAGAGAUUGUCCGUAUGGACCCUGACAAACGGCCGCGAAGAAAGCGAGGCGUCAUUGCACCACAUGUACCACUCGACGUUACGAGGUCCAUUGAUCUGCAGCAUGAAAAAUUCGAGAAGGAUGAGAGGUCAGCGCAGCAAAUUAGAAAAGCUAUAUUGGCAAAUGAUUUUCUAAUAAAUUUGAUGGACGAAGAAAGACUAACCGCUGCAGUAGAAGCAAUGAAUACCCAAGAGUUUCCAGCUGGAAGUCUUAUUAUUCGUGAAGGAGAAAGUGGCAGUCAUUUGUUCGUCUCAGCUCAUGGUCAAUUUGAGGUCCUGAAAGGCGGUCAGGUGGUGAAAACAUUCGGGCCGGGAGAAGCAUUUGGUGAACUAGCAAUACUUUAUAAAGCGAAACGCUUUGCAUCAAUAAGGUGUAUAACUGAAGCAAAGGUAUGGACGCUAGAACGACGAGUUUUCCAAAAAAUUAUGGUACGAAGCGGCCGUCAAGAACAAGAAGACAAUGUGCGGUUCCUCGCUUCCGUGCCACUUCUACAUGGGAUUCAUGAAAUAGAAUUAGCUAAAAUCUCAGAGUUCCUAAAACGAGAGUUCUUCUCAGCCGGCACACCCGUUGUCCGACAAGGGGACCGCGGUGAUAAGUUUUAUAUCAUCCGCGGCGGAGAGGUAGUGGUAACCAAACGUGAAGGCGAAGAUGGCGAGCGGCGGAUUGGUGUUUUACGUCGUGGAGACUACUUUGGAGAACAGGCAUUGUUGCACGAGGACCGGCGGCUGGCCACGGUCACGGCACUGCCGCCUGGCGUCGAAUGUCUCACUUUGGAACGAGGGCCCUUCACUGAAUUACUAGGGAAUAUAGAUGAACUUAAAAAUACAAUACACUCUGUACCGCCACCUUCGGAACCGAAAAAGGCAUCACAAGUAAAGAGCGAAUUUGAAAAAGUAGAAUUGAGAGACUUGGAAAUAGUAGGCACACUGGGCGUCGGUGGCUUCGGACGCGUGGAGUUAGUUCAAUACAAACGAGAGCCAACGCUUACCUUUGCUCUCAAAUGUCUCAAGAAGGUGGACAUGGUGCAACAGCAGCAACAAGAACAUGCUUUUAACGAGAAAAAUAUUAUGAUGAUCUGCAACAGUCCGUUUAUUUGCAGAUUGUAUCGCACAUUUAAGGAUAAUAAGUACAUUUACUUCCUAAUGGAGCCGAUACUAGGCGGGGACGUGUGGACUAUUCUGCAGAAGCAACGCUAUUUCCCAGAACACGUAGCUCGUUUUAUGUCAGCUUGUGUUGUUGAAGCUUUCCAGUAUUUGCACUCCAAAGACAUCAUCUAUAGGGAUCUGAAACCAGAGAACUUAAUGCUAGACAAGCUUGGUUAUAUAAAAUUGGUUGACUUCGGUUUCGCUAAACGGAUAUCACCAAACAGUAAGACGUGGACGUUCGCUGGCACUCCCGAAUAUGUUUCACCAGAAAUUGUACUCAAUAAGGGUCACGACCGCGCAGUGGAUUGCUGGGCACUGGGCGUGCUUAUACAUGAACUAUUGGUUGGUAAGCCGCCGUUCCGAGCGCCUGGCGGAGAUCACAUGAAAACCUACACGCUCAUACUGCGUGGCAUCGAUGCCGUCACCUUCCACCCGCGAGUCGCCAAAUCAGCACAAAUGUUGAUAAAAAAACUGUGCCGAGCCAUACCCGCUGAACGACUGGGCUACCUUAAAAACGGUGUAGCGGAUAUCAAAAACCAUAAAUGGUUCCUGGGAUUCGAUUGGGAAGGACUGCGAGAUAGGAGAUUAAAGGCGCCGCUCAUACAACCAGUAGCUAACGAUUUAGACAUUUCCCACUUCGAGAAAUAUCCCAAGGAUAAGCUCCCCCCUGAUGAGACGUCUGGCUGGGAUUUGGACUUUUAAUAUAUUUAUAUCCGCGUGUAUUAUACUUAUAUACCUAAUUGUAAAAUUGAAUACAUUUUCAUUUAACGUAUAGGUAUACUUACUUAGUUUAGAAAUUACUUAAACUCUAUUUAUUUUUUAACUAAUGUUUCAAAAUCAGCUCCAUAGUAUUUAUUACAUUUAAUGUAAGAACAUUGGUAGGUAUCCACCAAUACUUCGAAAAUAUUGUCUAUAAUCUAAUGGAUAAUACUGUAGGUAAAUACGUGCCGAUAUUUAAUUCAAUAUUUUACCUCGGUUGCGUUUAAUGAUGAGUCCUACUUGCUACCUUUUUUUAUUAAAAAAAAAAAUAAUAAAAAAUACAAACAACGGUAAAACCAUAA